UUUUUGAAUAUAUCAAAUCAAACCUGACAAAAAGUUUCCAAGAAAUAGAAUGCAUAGCCCGGAGUGCGUCAUCAAUAUUUCAGGAAAUCAUUUUAUCUAAAGAUGGUGCCGAAAUUGCUGUUAUGAAUAGUUCAGGAACGGCCUCAAUGCUUAUAACUAAUGCGAGAUACUCUGUAACAACACAAUCGUUUAGUGGGGAUGAACGACUGAUCUUGAGAAUAUCCAGUGUGGAGUGCGAAGAUCAAGGAAUGUGUGGUUGCAAAAUGUCGACAAAGAACAAUUCUAUAAUAACCGCUCCCAAUAUGACGUUUAUUGUGGAAGGAGCUAAACCAGAAUUGAAAUUACAUCCCGACAUCUUCGAACCUUUUGCUAGAGCAGGCCUCAAUCAUAUAUUUUCCACGGAGCACACCGGAAUGGAAGAGAGAAAUAACUACUUGGAAGUUCAAAUAUUCAAACUGAACGCUGUGACUGGUUUUAGAUACUCAAACAGAAUAGCAGAGACCGAAAAAAUGCUGGAUCCUACGAACAAUAUAACUAACAUCAACAUCACAGGAACGACUGCCCAGUUCCUUCUUGUGUCUGAUUGGAAAACGAAUGUGUCGUGUAACAACCCGGAAACGAUAACAUUUUUGCUGGACUUGACGAUGGAGUUCAAUAACGGGACUGUGAAAUGUGUGCUGAAGGACGACGAGACAGUGCACUCUUCUGUGGAGUCACGCAUAACAGUGAUUCCUGGUAACUUUUGUGACGGAUAUGAGCACCAAUCUAUCAGAAAACAUCCGAACAAUGACUGCAAUAGUUUUGUCGAUUGUUCGGAAAUCGAAGGGAAAAUGUAUGCCGUGGGAAAUCAAUGUCCUACUGGCCAAUGCAUGGACUUUACAAAGAAAUAUUGUGUACCUUGUGACGGAAGUUUUACUUGCGAGGAAGUAACAACACCUGGGCCUACAACAAUAAUGACAACCCUACCCCCAGGAACACGCUAUGUGUCGUGUAAUGAUUCCACCCACUCGGAGGGGACAUCAGCCAUCGUAAAAUGUGUUGUCCUAGAUAACACAUUCGUCAGCCUAAACAUCACAUUCCUCCCAGAGUCAAGUCAAGGAAGUGAGGAAAAAAUAGCGGGAAUUCUUCCAGACGGCACGGUGCAAUCUCAGUCCCGUCCUGACAUGGACAUAUCCACCAACUUUGCUUCAUCGCCUAUGAUUUUAUCAAUGACGUUCCAUUCAGUAAAUUGCAGUGGUAAAGGACGAUAUAGUAUCACCGGCAUGGGAACAGAUUCAUCAGUUGCCCUUUCUGUUGAAACAUUUAGACUAAAUGUUAUUAGCAAUCUGACAGCAUUCAGUAUAAACACGAGUCCAAUUUACGAAGAGGGUUCACAGAUUGAAUUCAACUGUACAGCUACUAUAGAUGAGUCUCACGCAGACAUUAAAGCGUACUACAAAAAACAAUCAGAGAGCAGUUUUACCAACAUUGAAGGAUCAAUAGUUAUCACUGGAAGAAACGACCCACACUGUCUUGUGAAUGUCGUUUGGAAACCAUCAAAUCUUAUGAUAGCUGAUGGAAGUUUCAAUAAUACCGAUCUUAAAUGUUCAAUUAUGCAAUGGCCAUUUGCAAAUAAAUUUAAGUCAAUUACUGUUCGAAGCGCAGAACAGCGUGGAGAAAUUCAAAACGAGCGUCCUCUACACUCCCUAAACAUCUAAAGUACAUGGAUAAUACAGCCGAUAAUGUUAUAGACAUGUGCAACCUCUGGAGAAAAUAUUAUUCUGAUCUUGCCGCGGAGAAACACACUCCAAACAAAUUUGAUGAUUCAUUCAAAGAACAUAUUGAUGAAUAAGUAAAUCAUCUAGAUAGUGAGUCCAGAAGCUUCUCCCAAUUUACUCUUGUACAGGAUCCAUUAUCGACUGAGGAAAUACGGCAACAUAUUACAGCAAUAUCAAAGGGACAAGAAGCGGGUCCAGACUUUCUUACAAAUGAACACAUCAUAUACGGCGGAAACAAACUCGUAGAUCAUUUAUGUAUUCUUUUCAACCACAUAUUGCAAUGUACAUAUGUUCCUGAAAUGUUUAAGGUUGGUAAAGUAAUCUCUAUCUACAAAGGCAAAAAUAAAGAUAAAUGUAACCCUACAAACUACAGAGGUAUUACAUUGACUUCUGCAAUAAGCAAACUAUUUGAAAAGGUUAUUCUAUGUCGCAUUGAAAAUGAAUUAACUGAAAAGCGCAUCUUAUUUCCACAUCCGUUACAAUUCGGUUUCAGAAAUGAGCAUGGUGCUAUACCAGCCUGUUAUGUCUUGAAAGAAACCAUUGGCUAUUAUGUAUGAAGGGGUUCGCCAGUCUUCUGUGCUUUUUUAGAUAACGAAAAGGCUUUUGAUAGAAUAUGGCAUAAUGUCCAUUUAUUUAAACUGCAUACUCUUGGAAUUGAUCGUAGAAUAUGGAAAAUCCUGAAAUACUGGUACAAUGGCAAUAAAUGUUUUGUAUCCUUUGCUGGGAUGAAUUCGUCAUUAUACAAUGUUUCACAAGGUGUUGGUCAAGGAAGAGUUCUUAGUGCUUUUAUGUUCCUUGUAUAUGUAGACGAUCUCUUAAAUGAAAUUUGUAAACUCAACUAUGGGUUAUUGUUGGGUGAUAUACAUAUACCAAGUAUACUGUUAGCAGAUGAUACUGUUUUGCUGAGUAAUUCGCCUUCGCUCUCUUCAAAGUCUGUUGGUUAUUGUUGAGCGUUAUGUAUACAAAUGGAGACUUCAUUACAACCCAUGUAAAAGUGUUUUUAUAGUUUUUAAUAAGUUUCCUCUUUCAUUUGUAAAUCAUGAAAUGAAAUUAUUUAAUGAUCAUAUACCAUAUUGUGAUAGUGUCAUAUAUGCAGGUUGUUUGCUUCAAGCAAACAUGAAAUGUGACAAAUUGACAGAUCGAGCGUGCAAGGCUGCAAGAACUAAAAUACAUUCCUUUUAUACAAUUGGUGUGAACAGUUUUCAGAUUCAUCCUAUAGUUUCAGCUAAAAUUUGGAAAAGGAUUGUGUUACCGUCGGCAUUCUAUUCUUGUGAGCUAUGGACAGCAUUAUCUAAAGAAGAUCUGAACAAAAUUGAAUAUAUCCAAAGACAUUUUUCUAGAAUAAUACAAGGUUUUUCAAAAUAUUCUCCAUCUCUUUCGUGUAUUGCAAAUCUAGGUUUAUGGACUAUGGAAGGAUAUAUUGAUAAAUGUCGUUUAUUAUUAUUCGGUAGACUGCAUAGAGCAGAUCAAAACUCUACUCACAAUAAAGUAUAUAGAUUUAUAUCCAAUGUUUGUGUUGCUGAAAAGUUUCUCGUGACAAAAUUUAUUACUGAUACUCUGACAAAAUACGAAAUGUCUAAUGUCUUUUCUGACCAUGCUGAUAUUGUUUUUGAUAAACAAUCGUUUUCAAAAUUAGUUUUUAAAAAUGUAUUUCUAGUAGAAGAUAGAAAAUGGCAUAAUGCAAUAUCACAAUGUCAACAUAUGUCGUUGUUUAUGAAAAUUCAUUGUAAAUUAAGACCAAGUCAUAUCUGGUGUAUCCUUAAUGAAAAUCCUGGUCAACGACGGUCUAUUAAUUGUCUCUUGCAACUUGCCUCUAUGAAAAUAGUUUCAAAAAAAUGUACUUUGUGUGGUAAAAAUGUUUUAAAUUAUAACAUGCAUGUAAUGCUUAGUUGCUUCAAUGUUUUAUCAGAAAGAGAACAUUUACUAGAGAAUAUAUUGGAUCUGUUAGACCUUGAAGAAUAUGUUAAUUUUGAGAGCCAAAGUAUUGAAACACAAUAUCUUUCUCUUCUGGGAUGUAUUAAUGGUACUAGCUUUGGAAAUUUGUCUCGUGAUAAAUGGAAAAAAGUAAUUCAAAUUGUUUCAAAUUACGUUUUCAAAUUGAAAAAUCUCUUUAUCUUUGAUUGUCGUAAAAUGUAACUUUGUACAUAUAUAAUUAUGUUUGUUUGUUCCUGUUCAUAUCUAAUUAUAUAAUGUUCUAGUUGUCAAUUACUUAUAACUCUCCAUUACCUUGGAGGAAAUAAAGAAUAUCUUAUCUUA